CAAUCACCUGGGCGUGGCUCUCUUGUCUGACUUUGGCUUCAAGGAUCCUGGGCCUAGAAGCAGAAGCAGGAAAGCUCGGGCCAGCCGGCUGCUGUGCAUUCCGGAUGGCCGAGUUGGACCUGAUGGCCCCAGGGCCACUGCCCGGGAUCGCAGCUCACUCCCUGGUCACUCUCAGCCCAGACUCUGGGUCAGCCAGCCCAGCAGAAGAGGAUAAGGAGAGCCCCCAGGGGGAGGUGGAGAGGCCGGGCGCUGGCUCCCAGGAUAGUGGCGGUGGUGAGGAGGAGAUCCUCUGUGACUUCUGCCUGGGGACCCAGAGGGUGAGGGCGGUGAAGUCCUGCCUGACUUGCAUGCUGAACUACUGUGAGGAGCACCUGAGGCCACACCAGGAGAACAGCAAGCUGCACAGCCACCAGCUGACCGAGCCAGUGAAGGACCAGGACCUGCCCACCUGCCCUGCCCACCACAGCCCGUUGAUCGCCUUCUGCAGCCCGGAUCGGCAGUGCAUCUGCCAGGAGUGUGGCCAGGACCAGCACAAGGGCCAUGCCUCAGUCUCCCUGGAUGUUGCCCGCAGGGACAAGGAGGCUGAGCUUCGGAGCACCCAGCUAGACCUGGAGCGGAAACUCAAGUUGAAUGAAAAUGCCAUUGCCAGGCUCCAAGCCAAUCAUAAAUCCGUUUUGGUGUCAGUGUCAGAGGUGAAGAUGGUGGCUGAGGAGCAGUUUGGGGAGCUCCUUGCUGCCGUGAGGAAGGCCCAGGCCGACGUGAUGCUGUUCCUGGAGGAGAAGGAGCAAGCCACUCUGAGCCAGGCCAAUGGCAUCAAGACACAUCUGGAGCACAGCAGCGCAGAGAUGGAGAAGAGCAGGCAGGAGCUGGGCAGGAUCGCUGCCAUCAGCAACACAGUGCUGUUCCUGGAGGAGUACUGCAAGUUUAAGAACACCGAGGACAGUGCCUUCCCUAGUGUCUACAUAGGCCUCAAGGACAAGCUCUCGGGCAUCCGCAAGGUCAUCACAGACUCCACCGUGCACCUAGUCCAGUUGCUGCACAACUAUAAGGAAAAGCUCCAGGAGUUCGCAAAGGACGAGGAAUAUGACAUCAGAACUCAAGUGUCAGCUGUGGUGGAGCGCAAGUAUCGGACCUCAAAACCUGAGCCCAGCACCAGGCAACAGUUCCUCCAAUAUGCUUGUGACAUCGCGUUUGACCCUGACACGGCACACAGGUAUCUCCGGCUGCAGGAGGACAACCGCAAAGUCACCAACACGACACCCUGGGAGCAUCCCUACCCAGACCUCCCCAGCAGGUUCCUGCACUGGCGGCAGGUGCUGUCCCAGCAGAGCCUGUACCUGCACAGGUACUAUUUUGAGGUAGAGAUCUCUGGGGCAGGAACCUACAUUGGCCUGACCUGCAAAGGCAUCGACCGGAAAGGGGAGGAGCGCAACAGCUGUAUAUCAGGAAACAACUUCUCCUGGAGCCUGCACUGGAAUGGGAAGGAGUUCUCGGCCUGGCACAGCGACACGGAGACCCCGCUCAAAGCCAGCCCUUUCCGGAGGCUGGGCAUCUACGUCAACUUCCCGGGAGGGAUGCUCUCCUUCUACGGCGUGGCUCCCGACGCCAUGACUCUGGUUCACAGGUUUGACUGCAAUUUCUCGGAGCCAGUUUAUCCAGCCUUCUGGCUCUCCAAGAAGGAAGACACCAUCCGCAUUGUGGAUCUGGGAGAGGAGCCUGAGAAGCCUGCACCGGCCGCCGUGGAGGCUGCUGCUUAGACUCUGGAUCCACAUUCUGGACAUUUGCUAAGGGCAGGGCAGUGUCUUGCCCUCUGGAGGCAGAAAUCUCUGCCAGGGGUAGUUGGCUUUAGAAAUAUGUGGGUCUGUGAAUGAGGACAAGAGUUGCUGGCUUCUCCCUUUUGCUCUAUGCUGUGCUGUUCUUCAAGUUUGUAGUCAUGUUCAGGUGAAAGUCCCUUUGGAGUGAUACUUGGGUCUCCCAUCUUUGAGUGACAUUCUCCUGUCAGGUGAAUGGCACAUUGUACCUGGGACUGGUAACCAGGAAUCUUCAGGGAGAUUAAAAAAAAAAAUCACAGAGUAAUAAGAAUAAAUUAUUAACUUUAUCACGUAUUUCCUAGGUCCCAGACACUGUUUUGAGUGUUACCUGUACAUCAACUCUGUGACCCUCAUACAAUCCUAUGGGUGGAAGCUCAUAUCAGCCGUAAUCUGCAGAUGUGGAAAAUAUGGUCCAGGGUGGAUAGUUCACUUGCUCAAGGUCACUGAGGUCACAUGCUGAGUAAGUGACAGAGCUGGGGUCCAGACUUGAAGGGAUGACACUAAACUUUCAACAACUAUACCGUGCUGACUUCCUCACUGGAUUGGGGGUGUUGUGUAAUAAGGGAGUAAACUACAUGAUGACCUGUUUCCAUGGCAACAGAGCAUCCUAAACCCUCCUCUCAGAGUUUGCAAAUCUCUUUGCAGCCCCCACCUCUGAUGGGAUUGUAGCUGUGCUGCAACAGAUGGCUCACUCAUGCGUUUUUGGAACAGCAAGGAUGAUAAGAAGUGUGUUAGUCUCAGACCCCAUGACUUCUAGGCAAGGGGCUCAUUCCUCUCCUUUUGAAGUCACCUGGAGUGUGUGGACUUGUGAUUUCUCUUUCAAAUGACAGUUCUUCAAGUAUUUAAGGGUGGCGCUCACAACAUAUCCUCCCCAGAAGCUCUUCACACUGUAUUCCCCACUUUCCUUCUUUUCACACUUCAUUUUCCUGUUUUCCUUCAUGGUUUCCAAGUCUUUCACUCCCUUAGCAUUUCAUCCUCCUUUCCACAGAUGUGGAAAUCCAUAAGAUUUAUGGCAAACAUUCACAUUUUUUUAUUUAUGUAAAUGACAAACUAUUUUUAAAUGAGUUUCUGAGAUAUAACCGGAAGUCCGUAGGAAAUAUAACUUCUGGUUCUUUGUCAAAGCAAACCUGUUCACCUGGCUGCUGAUCCCCUGGAAAAGAGGUAGGUGAG